CCCAUUCAAGUGGACUAUGACGCCUACGAUGCCCAGGUUUUCCAUCUGCCCGGCCCCUCCAGAGUCCCACGUUACACCACCUUUAGGUCUGUGCGGGAGAGAGAGAGUCGGCCUUGGAAGACCUCCAGCUCCUACGAUGCCUCCUCCAGCCCCUCCCUGCAGAGUCGCCCCCCGCCCCCUGAAGAGGUUCGGAGCCAGGCUUCAGAUGACAGCUCUCUGGGGAAGAUCUCGGACAUCCUUAUGAUCCCACGGCCCCACCUGCACCUGCAGUACGAAGUCAGCAGCUCUCUGGGCUACACCAGCGGCCGAGAUCACCUUGAGAACAUACUGGAGUCUCAGCAGCGAGACUUGAGCGCCCCUGGAAGAUUUCACGUGGGGAGUGCCGAGUCCCGGCUGCACAUCCGUUCUGCCGGGGGAUACACACCACAGCGGGCGCUGAUCAACCCCUUCGCCCCCUCCCGGAUGCCCAUGAAACUCACAUCCAACAGGAGGCGCUGGAUGCACACGUUCCCCGUGGGUCCUUCUGGAGAAGCCAUCCAGAUCCACCACCAGACCCGUCAGAACAUGGCCGAAAUGCAGGGCAGUGGGCAGCGGGACUGGACUCACUCCUCAGCUGAGCUGUUGGAACUUGCUUAUCACGAGGCGGCUGGCAGGCAUGGCAUUUCUAGACAGUCGGAGGACAGCACUUCCUGCUUGAGCUUCAGAGACACGAAAGAUUAUCCAAACCAGCUGAUGGGCAGCCAAGAUCCAGCAAAGGCAGGGAUGAAUGCCCACACACCCAACAAGGAGCUGCUGGAUGGCUCACCGGAUCCAAUUCUGACGCUGUCUGCUCCCCCCAUAGUGCCAGGCUUCUGUUGUACUGUUGGGGUGGACUGGAAGUCUCUCACCACUCCGGCCUGUCUUCCCCUGACCACGGAUUAUUUCCCGGACCGCCAGAGCCUGCGGAACGAUUACACUGAGGGAUGCUACGAUCUUCUUCCUGAAGCGGACCUGGAGAGGAGGGAUGAGGAAGGCCUGCAGAUGACAGCCCAGCAGGUCUUUGAGGAGUUCAUCUGCCAGCGUCUCAUGCAGGGCUACCAACUCAUUGUGCAGAGCAAGCCCCAGAAGCCGGCAGCGGUCCAGCCCCCCCUCAGCAGCAGCCCCCUCUACAGCAGAGGCCUUGUGUCACGCAGCCGACCCGAGGAGGAUGACCAGUACUGGCUGAGCAUGGGCCGGACCUUCCAUAAAGUGACCCUGAAGGACAAAAUCAUCACUGUCACUCGGUAUCUGCCAAAGUACCCCUAUGAAUCUGCCCAGAUCAAUUACACUUACAGUCUGUGUCCUUCCCACUCAGACUCAGAGUUUGUCUCUUGCUGGGUGGAGUUCUCCCACGAGAGGUUAGAGGAAUAUAAGUGGAAUUACCUGGAUCAGUACAUCUGCUCGGCUGGUUCGGAAGAUUUCAGCCUGAUCGAAUCGCUCAAAUUCUGGCGGACACGUUUCCUGCUCCUGCCGGCCUGCAUCAGCGCCACCAAGCGCAUCAUGGAAGGCGAAGUGCACUGCGACAUCUAUGGCGGCAAGGCUCGCUCCGACGAAGAGGAGUGGCAGCUUUUGGACGGCUUCAUUCGCUUCGUGGAAGGGCUGAACCGCAUCCGCAGGCGGCACCGUUCGGACCGGAUCAUCCGGAAAGGUCCUGCAAUGAAAGGCCUGCAGAUCACCAGCCCUCUUCCUGCCCCCUCUCUGGAACCUCCAGGGCCGCCUCCGCUGGCCAAGAAGGGGACCUCUGCUCUCUCGGCUCUCUUAGAGAUGGAGGCCAGCCAAAGGAUACUGGGGGAACAACAAGCCGCAGCCUUCGCUGGGAAGAGCUGUGCCCAACCAGCAGAGAGUGGCAGCAUCACCAUGACACCUACGUACAUGGACAGUCCACGGAAGGAUGGGACCUUCUUUAUGGAGUUUGUUCGAAGCCCUCGCGCAGCAUCACCUCUUCCCUUUCCCCAGGUCUCUGUGGAUCAGUCGGUCCCAGCAACCCUGGAAGGCAGCACUGCCAUCAACGCAGCCCAGCCUGUAGACCGUAGCAGCGUUCAAGCCGGCUCUCUUCACGGAGGGGACCAGACUUCAGCCACCUCUGGUCCUGUGGAAAAUAGCUCCCAGCCAUCCUCCACCAGUUCCCUGACCUCUUCGUCUACUUUGCUAGAAAUCCUUGAAGCGAUGAAACAUCCCACCACGGGGAUCCAGCUGCUCUCUGAGCAGAAAGGCCUCUCCCCAUCCUGCUUCAUCAGUGCAGAAGUCGUGCACUGGCUGGUGAACAUGGUGGAAGGGGUGCAGACCCAGGCCAUGGCCAUCGACAUCAUGCAGAAAAUGCUGGAGGAGCAGCUGAUAAUCCACGCUUCCGGAGAGGCCCUUCGCACCUUUAUUUAUGGGUUUUAUUUCUACAAGAUAGUGGAAGACAAGGAGCAAGAGCGAGGAGGGAUCCAGCAGCCUGCCCUGUGGCACACGGCCAAGGACGAGUUCUCCGCCUUCCAGCGAAAGUGGUUUGAGGUGGCUUUUGUGGCGGAGGAGCUUCCCCAUUCGGACAUCCCGGCCUUCCUCUUGCCGUGGCUGCCCAGCCGGCCGGCCUCCUACGCAAGCAGGCACAGCUCUUUCAGCCGCAGCUUUGGAGGACGGAGCCAGGCGGCGGCCUUACUGGCUGCCACAGUGCCAGAGCAGCGGACAGUGACCCUGGAUGUGGACAUAAACAACCGCACAGACCGGCUGGAGUGGUGCAGCUGUUAUUACCACGGCAACUUCUCCCUCAGCGCUGCCUUUGAAAUCAAGCUGCACUGGAUGGCCGUGACGGCGGCUGUUCUCUUUGAGAUGGUCCAAGGCUGGCAUCGCAAAGCCACUUCCUGUGGAUUCCUGCUGGUCCCAGUCCUGGAAGGCCCGUUUGCGCUGCCCAGUUACUUGUACGGGGACCCCCUUCGGGCCCAGCUUUUCAUCCCGCUCAGUAUCAGCUGCCUGCUGAAAGAGGGCAGCGAGCACCUCUUCGACGGCUUUGAGCCAGAAACGUAUUGGGACCGGAUGCACCUUCUGCAGGAGGCCAUUGCACACAGGUUUGGAUUCGUACAGGAUAAAUACUCGGCCUCUGCCUUCAACUUCCCUGCAGAGAACAAGCCCCAGUAUAUCCACGUCACCGGCACGGUCUUCCUCCAGCUGCCCUAUUCCAAGAGGAAGUUUUCCGGGCAGCAACGCCGCCGACGCAACUCCACCAGCUCCGCCAACCAGAACGUCUUCUGCGAGGAGCGCAUUGGCUACCACUGGGCCUACAACACCAUGCUGACCAAAACCUGGCGAUCCAGUGCCACCGGUGACGAGAAGUUUGCCGACCGGCUGCUGAAAGACUUCAUGGACUUCUGCUGCAACAAAGAUGGUCGGCUCCUCUCCUUCUGGACGGGCUGCCUGGAGAAGAUGCACGCCAGCGCGCCCUGAGGACCGGCUUCCGCAGGCCGGGCAAA